UUUCCACGCAGGGUGGGGAAAACUACAGCCUAGACAGUGUGGGCGGUGGGGAAUUAGUUGCUGGGGCGUUCACAACCCACGAACUCGAAGGAGCGAAGGCGAGAAGGACAUGUGCGAGGCUUCUCGGCUGGAGGCAACCGGUGGGAGCUGGGAGAGAUUGAUCGCCCACAUUGGGAAGGGGCUCCGCCCGCGGCGCGAGGUUGCUGUAGACCACAGCCGGGCUCUGUUAUCCCAGCCCGCCGCUGCCUCCCACUCACCGCCGAUGCUGCCACGGUCUCCAAUGAAGUCUCUGAGAGUCGGCAGAGAGGAACUGACCGCUCAUCUCGGCCUGGCGUGCCCACUCUCCCGGAGUCCCUAUCCGGCAGUCGUUGGCUGAUCCAGCUCUCCCAGGCGAGGCACGGAUCCCGCGCGCCUUGAGCUGGAUCUGGAUCGACCCUUUGAACACCGAGACACCAGGACUCCCCUCAGGGGUCAGCCGGGUCACAGCAGGGAAGUGUCCACAUUCUCUCAGGAUCACCAAAGUUUGCCCCUGACAUGUGCGCCAUUCUGGUCAGGCAGAGGGACAGAGCUUGACACGUGCGGGGCGUGGGCAGGCCAAUGCCGCCAGCAAAGAAGAGCCCAGAGACCCUGGCCCCAGCGCCCCCGGGCCGUUCCCGAAGUCUUCUGCGGGGUCUGCCAUCGCCCGCUCUCUGCUGUGCCUGUGGCUUGUGCGUGCUGCUGGCAGGCCUGAACGUGACCCUGGUGGGAGCUUUCGCCGCCUUCCUGCCAGGACACAACGUUCCGCUGGUGGUGGGGCCCGCGCUGCUCGUGCUGGCGUUCGGCUUCUUCGCUGCCUGCUGCGUGUGCAGCCGCCGGGGCCCCGUGCCCCGUGCGCGCUCCUCUGCCACCGCGGGCCAGGGUGGCGGGCGUCCAGGGACUGUGGCACUGGAGAUGGAAAGCAGCGAGCGCACGGCACAGGACACGACAGCGGUGCAGCUCAGUCCAGCAGCCUCGGCUGCAUCCUCUGGCCGCUCCAGCCCCGGCCCGGGUCUCUUUGCCCUGGACCCCCCUGAACCUGCAACCGGGGCUCCCUACUUGCUGCGCAUGGAAGGGACCCAGCCCAACUUCCCUCGGGACCCGGCUGCCUCCUAGUGGGCCAGGAGAAGAGGGGAGGGGGGCUGCUGUAGGGGAGAGGGAAGGCCCAGGACUGAGCAUAAGUGGCCUCAUCUGUACCUUCUCUAGAACUUCCAAUAGGGAGAGUGUUGUUAUGGGAGUGGCUCUCACACCCCUAAGAGAGCAGAGCUUUGAUCUCUUAGGUGGAGUCUCUAAGAGCUACUUCAUCCUCUCCUCCUCCUCUCCACAUUGAUGAAACUGGACCCCGGAUCUGGAAACCUGUCCCUCCCCGAGAACUACGGAGGAAACCUCAUCCAAUCUCGAGAACCUAGGAAGGCCCUCAGAAUGGAAAGAGGGAUGAAGGUCGAGCUAACUCUACCGGGCUCUGUGCACUGUGACAAGCGUCUAGCCCUCCUGCCCUUCUCCUUGUUUCUAGUCCAACAAGCCCUUUAGGUUUAAUUGGGGAACAAAGGUUCUGACUUCAGGAUGAUCCCUGGGAUAAGCUGGAUAGAGCACAUCCAUCCUUUCUAUGUGACAAAGGUCGGGGGAGCUGAGGCUGAGGUCCUCCGUGGUGAGAAGUCUUUUCAGUCCUGAAGGUCUGUGUGUGAUUUUCCACUGCUAGCAGCAACACCCACUUGGCAGCACCCGCUGCCAUGACUGUGCCACCCCGUGCAUUCCAGCUGUGUGCCUCGCUCAAUAAAGCCCCUUCGGAGUCAG